AUGGAAGCUGAGGAGGAGGAAGAAGGCAAGAGCAGGAACCGGCAGCCCCUGGUGUUGGGUGACAACUGCUUUGCUGACCUGGUGGAGAACUGGAUGGACCUGCCCGAGGUGGGUGCCGAACCCCGGCGCCGAACCCCUGCCGAGCCCUCCCGCCGGCUGGCCAAGCCCCCCGCCUUCCUGCUCAGCCUCUCGGGCAACGUGCGCCGUAAACUGGCCAACAUGGCCCGGCCCCGGGGGGCCGAGGGUGCCCGUCCAGGGGCCCGUGAAGCCACCAAGCGUUUCUCCUGCCCGCUGGGGUUAGGAGGGCAGCCCAAAGGUGCUUGCUUCCACCAGUCCCACAGCAACAUCGCCCAGCUGGCUACGGACUUCCACCGCUUCACCGCCCUCAUGAACAGCCGCAGCCGCCAGCCCAUCAUCUGCAACGACGUUAUUGGCUACAUUUAG